GCCAAUCAGAAAAAUUACAGAUAGUAUAUUUGAAGUGCGUUGCUGGGUAGACGACACAAAAAAACAACAGAAAUUUCGCAGCUUCACAUUUAACUUUGAGGUCGACGACGAGGCAGGUGCUCGAGGGACAGUUUGUACACUUGACAUAACGUCACUUUUUCGCGGAACAUUUUCUUCAAAACAAUGGCAACUGAGUGCGAAGCAUGGCUGAACGCUAACCCAGUUGAUGCUGACGACUUGAGCGACUCUUUCUUAUCUGGCGACGAGGACAAGGGCACGAUUAGAAGAAUCGACAACGAGAUAAACGGCAACUGGAUCUCGACCCCAACCCAAACAUCCGCCAGCCUCCAAGAGGCCCGGCUGAAGGCUAAAGCCAAGCGGCGACUGCGCAAGAACUCGUCCCGGGACUCCGGCCGCGGGGACUCGCUGAGCGACAACGGGGACGGUGUGCGAGGGGGUCACACGGCACCCCCCACCAGCCCCAAGAGCAAACUGCUGGACAGGAAAUCGCGCUUGGGCAAGGGAAGAGGACUUCCAAAGAAAGGUGGUGCUGGAGGUAAGGGAGUAUGGGGAACUCCAGGAGAGGUUUACGACGUGGAGGAGGUGGACGUGAAGGAUCCAAAUUACGACGAAGCUCAGGAAAACUGUUUUUACGAAACGCUCGUCCUUCCAUUGGACGAGGAAGACUUUGAGAAGACUGUUACGCCAAUCGUUCAGGAGUACUUUGAACACGGAGAUACAAAUGAAGUUGCAGAGAUGCUGCGGGAGUUGAACCUGGGCUCCAUGCGUAGCGGCGUGCCCAUGCUGGCCGUGUCGCUGGCGUUGGAGGCCAAGGCCAGCCAUCGGGAGCUGACGUCGCGGCUGCUCAGCGCCCUGUGCGGCAAGGUGCUGAGCCAACGCGACGUGGAGAGAUCCUUCGAUAAACUCCUCCGCGAGUUACCAGACCUGGUGCUGGACACGCCUGCUGCCCCGCAGCUUGUGGGUCAGUUCAUUGCCCGGGCAGUGGCAGACGACAUCUUGUCCAAAUCCUACAUCGAGAGCUACAAAGGGAAAGUGGAUUGUGAACAUGCCAGAUCGGCCUUGGAUCGUGCAGUCGUUCUCUUGAAAAUGAACAGAGGAGGGCUACGCAUCGAUAACCUGUGGGGCACUGGUGGUGGCCAAAGACCUGUCAAUCAGCUCAUCAAAGAGGUGAAUCUGCUGCUGAAGGAGUAUGUCCUGUCUGGGGACACACUGGAGGCCGAGCGCUGUCUGAAGGAGCUCGAAGUUCCUCAUUUUCAUCACGAGUUCGUCUACGAGGCCAUUGUCAUGGUGUUGGAAUCAAAGGGGGACAGAACAUUACAGAUGAUUCUGCGGCUUCUAAAGUUCUUAUGGAAGUCGACAGUUCUCACCGCAGACCAAAUGAGAAGGGGAUUUCAAAGGAUCUACAUGGACAUUGGGGAAAUCAACAUUGACGUUCCCUGUGCGUACUUGCUGCUGGAGCAGUUUGUCGACAAAAGUUUCAACGUCGGAAUAAUAGACAAAAGACUCAGGGAUCUGUGCCCAUGUCGAGGGAGGAAGCGUUUCAUGAGUGAAGGGGAUGGCGGACAUCUCAAAAUGGAAAUAUUAUACUGAGGAAGCUCUUCUCCCCAGUCGUUGCACUCCUCACCAGGUCAAUAAGAAAACAACUAAAGUUAGUUUCACGCAAAACCUUCAUAUUUUUGUCAUUUAGGUACAGACCCUUCUCCCUGUCAACUUAAGAAUGUAAAACUUUUGUAAAAAAAAAAAAAAAAUGACAGGUUUAAAAAAAACAUGGCACUUUUUUCUCAGACUGAAGGAGUUGAUAAUUUAGUACAGUAUGUAGUCACCUUGUUGUAAGGUGCUUGGAUAUAAGCUAACCCAGAAAGUGCCAGAACCUUGUAUUGACGGUCAUUCCAUGUUUUUUGUAUUCUUGAGUUCACUGCCACUCCUUUACUGUAGACCAGUGUUUGUAUGGUCAGAUUGUUUAAAAAACAAAAAGCUUUAUAUGCGGGGCAUGUUCUAAAGCAUUUUUUUUCUUUUCCUUGCCCCAAUGCUAUUUCUAUGCCAUUGCUUGACUUUAUUUUUUGUUUUUCUGUUUUACAAGCAUCCUUACUUAGUGGUGAAAACUAAGAUGGCACUGUAGAGCAAUGGAAAACAUGUAUAGUUUCACAGACGGGGGUGUGUGUGUGUGUCAAGAACGUUUAUUUUUGUAUUUCAUAACACUGGUGUGUGAAAAUGUACCAAAUAUUGCUCUGUGGUCUGUCUUACACUUCAUUAAAAACAUGUGGGGAACACCAUAACAGGUCA